AUGGCCAGUAUUCCGGCGGUCGAAGAUCAAGCCCGGCUGCUUGAAGAUGCCCUGGUGGUAGUCCGGCAACAAACACAUCUCAUGCGUAAAUGCUUGGAAACUCCAGGUAAACUUAUGGAUGCGUUGAAGUGCAGCUCGACAUUAGUCUCAGAACUUCGCACCAGCAGUUUAGGACCAAAACAAUACUAUGAGCUCUAUAUGGCAGUCUUUGAUGCAUUGCGGCACCUAUCUGUCUAUCUCAAAGACUCACAUCCGACAAAUCACUUGGCAGAUCUCUAUGAGCUAGUCCAGUAUGCAGGAAAUAUUGUUCCCCGACUUUAUCUUAUGAUCACAGUAGGAACAGUAUACAUGUCCAUUGAGGAGUCGCCCGUCAAGGAGAUCAUGAAAGACAUGAUGGAGAUGAGCAGAGGUGUUCAGCAUCCCAUUAGAGGACUGUUUUUGAGGUACUAUUUAUCUGGACAGGCCCGGGAGAACCUACCGAUGGGGAAAGAAGACGGACCAGAAGGAAGCUUGCAGGACUCAAUAAGCUUCACCCUGACUAACUUUGUUGAGAUGAAUAAACUUUGGGUACGCUUGCAACAUCAAGGUCAUUCCAGAGAGAGAGAAAUUCGCACACAGGAACGCAAAGAACUGCAACUGCUAGUGGGCAACAACCUCGUCCGCUUAAGUCAGCUUGUGGAUUUAGAAACCUACAAAAAUGUUAUUUUGCAGCCACUCCUGGAACAGGUUGUCCAGUGUCGAGAUGUCUUGGCCCAAGAAUAUCUUUUAGAGGUAAUAACACAAGUCUUCCCUGAUGAGUACCACUUGCACACUCUUGAUCAAUUCCUAGCAGCAGUCACUCGCCUUAAUCCCCAUGUUAAUGUGAAAGUUAUAGUCAUUGCAUUGAUGGAUAGGCUUUCUCGGUACGCGGCUCGAGAAGCAGAUCCUCCAUUGCAAGAAGAACGUGAAAAGUUAGAGCAAGAUGCAAUUGAGAAACUAUUAGAAAAGGUUCAUUUGAGCCAAGAUAAAAAAUUUAAUGAACCCACAGUAGAAUUAGAAAAUAAAAAGACAGCCAAAGCAGAAGAAGGCUCUCUAAAUGCUGAGUCUAUAAACAAAGCCGAGCUUGUAGAAGAAAAAAACCCUGAAAAAGUCGACUCAGAGGUAGAAGAGAGAAGAAAUAAGGGUAUUCCAGAUAAUAUUAAACUAUACGAGACAUUCUUUGAGCAGGUGGUAAAUCUGGUUAACGUUCAGCAUCUUCCCAUACAAGAUACUACAGCAUUACUAGUAUCACUGGCUAAUCUGGCCUUCAACAUAUACCCUGAAAGACUCGACUACGUCGAUCAAAUCUUCGAAUACGCUAACCAAAAAGUCAAACAGCAUGUGAAUAGCGUGGAUCUUCAUGCCCCCGAAACUCAAAGCAACCUAUUGAACCUUCUUUUGGCUCCGACGAAAUCCUAUGCUUCAAUGUUUACAGCGUUAUCACUUCCAACGUUCAUACCACUCCUAAAUUCUCAGACUUAUUCUACAAGGAGAGCUCUUGCUGCCGAAGUAGCACAAACUUUGCAAAAAAACUUGAUUAAAAUAACAACUGUUGCUCGACUAGAGAGCGUCCUCCAGGUCUUGGCCGUAAUAAUAAAGGAAGGGACUCAACCAUCCGCUGGAUAUCCUGGAGUUCAAUCGCGGAAAGCUAUUGAAACAGAUGAAACUAUUGAAGAACAAGGAUGGCUUGCGCGGAUAGUCCAUCUCAUACAAUGUGAUGAUAACGAUACUCAUUACAAGCUGCUCCAAAUGACAAGGAAAGCGUUUUCUGAGGGUAACGAGCGAGUCAAAUUUACGACUCCAGCUUUGAUUACAGCAGCGAUGAAAUUAGCUCGACGAUACAAAGCCAGAGAGCAUUACGACGAAAAUUGGAAAUCCCAAUUAUCCGCUCUAUAUAAAUUUAUGCACUCAUCGCUUUCUACAUUGUAUACGCGCGUACCAACAUCUGCUGAACUAUGUUUACGUCUUUUUGUCACUUGUGGUCAGAUUGCGGACCAAACUUGUACAGAGGAGAUUAGCUAUGAGUUCUUUGCUCAAGCAUUUACGAUAUAUGAAGAAGCUAUCAGUGAUUCGAGGGCUCAAUUCCAGGCUGUAUGCGUUAUUGCUGGAGCAUUGCAUGAGACUCGAAAUUUCGGCAAAGAAAAUUAUGAUACCUUGAUUACUAAAUGUGCCCUUCAUGGAAGUAAGUUACUUAAAAAGCCAGACCAGUGUCGGGCUGUCUAUCUAGCUAGCCAUUUAUGGUGGGCAGUGCCAAUAUCGGCAAGGGGUGAGACAGAAGACGAAAAGACCCUUUAUCGCGAUGGAAAAAGAGUACUAGAAUGCCUCCAGCGUGCUCUCCGAGUCGCAGACGCUUGUAUGGACACAGCAGUUUCUGUCGAACUCUUUGUGGAAAUUUUGAAUCGCUACGUGUACUAUUUUGAUCAACAAAAUGAAGCAGUCACUGUUAAGUACCUUAAUGGUCUUAUCGAGUUGAUUUAUUCUAACAUCCGUUCUAACCAAGAAGCUUCUUCUAUAGAUAUGCCAAAACGCCACUUUCAACGAACAAUAGAUUAUAUUUCAUCACGGGAGUACGAGGGUGUUGUAACCUCUGAGGUAAGAGAUUGA